AUGCAAUUCCAAAUUCUUCACUCGUUAUUUUUGUUAGUCGCUUUAACUUCCGCUAAGGGUUUAUACUCUAAUUCCACCGUCGACGCUGUCGCCGAAGCUGCCGAUCUGGCUGUUUCGGAGGAGUACUCUGCUACCACCACCACCUUAUCUCCUUCCUUCUCUGUGGUUCCAAGUGUCGUUGUCAGCACCUAUUCCGACUUGACCACCACCGUUCAAAUCACCAACACAAUUUACAACACUGUGUACUACACCAUCAAUGCUAUCUCUUCUUCGUUAUCCAAUGCUGCUGGCUCCGCCGCCAGCACUACCAGUUAUGGCGGAGGAUACACUUCCACGACCGUUACCUCCACCAUGAAGGUCACUGUCACUCUGGAUGCUGUCGAAGUCGCUAACUUGAACAAAGAAUUGAACGCUAUUGAAAACGGUUAUUUAUCAAGUUACGCUGCCAGCAACGUCUACUACUCCAACGCCACUACCACUGCUGACGCAUGUGCUCCAGUCACCGAAUAUGUCACCAUCACCGCUGACCCAAUCACCAACUUCGUCACUGUCACUCCAGAACCAGUCACCGAAUACGUGACUCUGACCGCUUCUGGAUUCAAUUCUACUAGUGUCAACGGUACUGCCAGUGUCAACGGUACUUUGUACUAG